GCAGCCACAAGUUGCGUGGCCCCAACCCUCAAUCUUGGUUUCCCAUCUUGCUGUUCAACUUCUCCAUCUCAUAUCUCAUCCACCAUUGCACCUACCAUUUGCCCACCAAAUAUCCUCCACCACAAUCAUCGACUCUCCGCCCUUGCCCGAGAUUCCUCCCACAGCGCAAUCCCUCUCAUCUCCCCAAAACCUCCCUCCCUUCUCACUCGCGUCCUGCUCCAGUAUUACAUCUUAUUCGUUAUCCGGAGUAUGUCAAUUUGACACAACCAACAACUCUAUCGCUGCGACAUCAAGCCAGGAUGCCUCAAAGUGCGUCGCACCGGCCAUCAGAUCCUCCUCCUCGCUCCACCAAGUCUCGGUCAGCAUUUCCAGAGGCUCUUUCGCUCUCCCCCCCGUAUCCCUACAUCGGUCUGUCACUUGAUACAGAGGAGCGUGUCUGAAUUCUACUCCGUCGCCGUGUCAGCCCAUCGCCGUUCCAUCUUCCAACGGACAAUAUGGACGGCAUGCAAGGCUUCUACGGCCAGCAAGGCUACCAAGGCAUGGAUCUUCAAGACAUGAGCGCAUUUCAGCAAGAUGGGAUGAUCAAUACGAUAGAUCCUGGUGAUAUGACCGCCAAUGUCAUGGGCCAACCACAGACACUACACCAGAUCAUCAGCCAGAAUAAUGAACAACUCAUGCGUAGCCGGAAUUCAGCCCAGGCGCAGCCUCAUUAUCGACACCAUAAUAAUGAACCAAAUCGCAGGGCCUCCAUCUCAGAGUUCACCUCAACCAUGGACAGCGGUCUGGCUGACUUUCAAUUCGACCCGAACCCAAUAGACACCGGCCCGACCAUGCUGCCGAUGGCACAAAGAAGUCUCGAUCCGCGCAGGGUUCGCUCGCGCGACGAUUUGUCACUCGACGUUCAGUUUUCCCAGAUGAAUGCCAAUUUCGCCGACUUGACGGGCAUGCCAUAUUCCGCGGGCAUAGAACCGUCAUCCACAUUUGUCCCGCACAGUGGCUACAGCAUGAGCCAUGACAUGGAUUCCGGCGUACUUCCCUUGAAACCGACGACCAUGGCGCUCGACUCCACAAUGCUUGCUCCUGGCUAUUCCCAGUCUCCUACCUCUCAUUCGUACCCGAUGGCUUUUGGACCGACCAACUCCGAUCAAGCUGUCCACGCCAUGGGCCCAUCAAUGUUGCCCAACCAAAUGAGCAACAUGAAUCCCAUCCAACGCGUAUCUACCAUGCCGAACAUGCCGAAUAUACCUCAAGCCUUCACGCCGUCCUCGAAUUCGAACCGGUCAAUUCCUUCGGCUCUCACUGGCCGUGUCGUCGAGUCUACAACCCCAUCGCAAGCCGACACACCUUCAAACCUAAAGGUCCCCUCGCGGAGGCAAUCCAUGAGCUCUGCAUCCCCUAUACAUCCGAACAGCCUCAGCAAUGUACAAACUUCUCAUUCCGUACUUCCCGCCAAUUCGUCACAAUUUUUCAACCCCAUAAUCCCACCAUCUAGAUAUGCCAACGCGUAUUCGUCUAGCGGUUUUGAUAUGCUGGGCGUUCUUAUGCGCGUUGCGACUCGGAGGAGACCAGAAAUCAAUAUCGGACCUGUCGACUUAUCCUGUGCCUUUGUCGUUUGUGAUAUUGCGCAAUACGAUUUACCUAUUGUCUAUUGCUCAGAUAUGUUUGAGCGCCUCACCGGUUAUACGAAACACGAGAUCCUUGGUCGGAAUUGUCGAUUCUUGCAAGCACCCGACGGCAAGGUUCAGCCAGGGGUCAAACGCAAGUACGUUGAUGAUCGAUCAGUGCUAUACUUGAAGAACCAGAUCCAAAAACGAGCCGAAGCUCAAUUGAGUCUCAUCAACUAUCGGAAAGGUGGUCAGCCCUUUAUGAACCUUCUCACCAUGAUCCCAAUCACCUUUGAUUCAGAUGAUUACAAAUUUUACGUCGGUUUUCAGGUUGAUCUGGUGGAGCAGCCAAGCUCGGUAGCUGGUAGAAAUCCCGAUGGAAGUUAUUCCAUUAACUACAAUCGAAGCGCGCUCCCAGCAUAUGCCCUUCCACCUCCUGUGGAGCCUAAAGACAUCCAGGAGAUGGGUCAGACUAUUCCCCGGGAUGAGGUAUCCCAAGUCCUUGGCACCCUCGGCCGUGGGGAGUCAGAUUCCUCCAAAAGGCUAUGGGACAAGAUAUUGUUGGAAAAUGCGGACGAUGUUGUCCACGUUCUUUCUUUGAAAGGCCUCUUCCUCUACCUGUCUCCAGCCUGCAAAAAGGUGCUCGAGUAUGACGCUGGCGAGCUCGUCGGUAUGGCAUUGUCGUCGGUUUGCCAUCCCAGCGAUAUUGUGCCUGUCACUCGAGAGUUGAAAGACUCUUCCACAGGGGCCUUGGUCAACGUUGUUUAUAGGAUCCGCAGGAAGAAUAGUGGGUACACAUGGUUUGAAGCCCAUGGCAGUCUUCACACCGAACAAGGAAAGGGGCGCAAAUGCCUAAUUCUCGUCGGGCGUGAGCGGCCUGUUUACGCACUCUAUCGAUCCGAAUUGGGCAUUGAAGGCAGUGCAGGCGAGAGCGAGAUGUGGUCGAAAAUCUCGACCUCUGGAAUGUUCCUCUACAUUUCCUCCACCUCACGAGUCAUGCUGGAUCGUCUGCCGGAGGACUUGGUUGGAACUAGCAUGCAGGCUUUGAUGAGGCCGGAAUCAAGACAAGACUUUUCGCAAUUACUCGAGUUGGCGCGUUCUGGACAAAAGGGCACGUGUCGACACGAUUUGCAGAAUCGCCGUGGCCAAGUGUUGCAUGCUCAAACGACGUUGUACCCUGGAGAUGCAAGGCCCGGAAACAAGCCCACAUUCUUACUUGCGCAAACGCGUUUGGUCAAGAUGACGCGAGCAAUACUCUUGAGUCAAAAAUCCGGGGUAGGAAGUGCAUCGCCGCGCACUGAUCAGGCAUCGGUUGGAUCUGCUACACCAGCAACUCAAACUUCGAGACCAGGUUCGGUCAACAUGAAAUCUGGCUCUACCACAACCACCAUGCCAUCUGGACAGCCAAUCGAAACCAAGACCGCUGUAACCAACCCUGGAAGCCAGGGCCUGGUAUUGGGCAACCAAGACGAGGCUCUGGCAUCGGAAGACAACAUCUUUGAUGAGCUCAAGACGACACGAAGUACCAGUUGGCAAUUUGAAUUGAGACAGAUGGAAAAGCAAAAUCGCAUGCUCGCGGAAGAGCUUCAAGCUCUACUCAGCCGCAAGAAGAAACGCAAACGGAGAAAGGGCCUGGGCCAACUGGAAAAAGACUGUGCGAAUUGCCACACUCGGGUGACCCCGGAGUGGAGGCGUGGACCGAGUGGAAAUCGGGACUUGUGUAAUAGCUGUGGGCUUCGUUGGGCCAAACAGAAUGGCCGUGUUUCACCUCGAAGAUCAUCGGUACCUAGCGACCGGGGCUCGACAUCUCCGGCGUACGUCACGACCACUCAAGAAGAACGGCAAACAAGCACCCAGGCUCCGGCAACGUUAAACUCGACCGGCACCAUAGCGCCGUCGAUGCUCCAACGCCAAAGUACGGAGAGCAAUGAUUCGUGGCGUGGGAACUUGCCGCCGAAAAUCGAGGAAGGCGAUGAGCCACCGCAUGUCAGCAAUCUACCGACUUAGCGUGGUUACGGCAGUCUGAGCAUAGGAAAGUAAUUAUCGAGCUAAUAGGAUGACAGACACGGCAAGCCUCAUUGAAGUUUGGAUCCAAUUCGAGGACAUUGAGCAUCGAGAUUGCGGCAGGUCAUCAAGAUGUUUGCAAAGGCCGGACAAUCUCUUUCAUGAGUUCAUCUGGGUCAAGUUACGGAGACGAUGGCGAAUAUGGGGCAACUCUGGGGGUUUUGUCAGGUUGCUCACCGUGACCUUGAUAAGGAUGAUGAGGAUUUGGGGAAAUAGAGGAGGAACUUGCAUUGGCUUGCCGACUGGACGGGGAUUGAGACAUAUGAAACAAAUGCAUUGGGACACUUACGCCGACACGAUUAGAUUGCAUAUUGGGAGGCAGGGAAGGUCACCCUUGAGCGAUAUGAAGCAUGAGCGAUGGUGAAGUGGAUAGAAGGAGAGAAACAUCAAGAAGAACCGGGCUGGAACGUUCUGUAAGUCACAUACAUACAAUGACGGGAAGGGAAAUAGGUUUAUGCUAUAGUAUACCCAUUAAAGGAUCGUGGCAGUAAUCGUAGAGAUGGCCUGUGACAGUGCU